AGUCCCACUUUUGACGCUAUGCAGUGUACACUGCUCAUAACUAACUAGAAAACUUAGAAUAGAGUACCUAAUUAAAACAAAGUCAUUAUUCUUAGGCGUGAUAAUUUCUCGUAAUACAGUUUAACAAUAAAUAUUUGACUUGAGAAGUUCUGGAAGAAGUGUUUUUGGUGUGUGGACAUUUAACAGUUUGUGAAAACUCAGACAAAUAAUGUACAGAACCCAGUGUCGUAAACGCGGCGUUCUGCAAUGCCAAAUGGAUUUUGAAUAAACGCCAAACACUUUGUGUGGACUUUUAUUAAUAAGUUCGUGGAUUGUACGAUCGAUAAGUGGGAUUGAUUAAGCAUGAAUUAAAUCUCAGCAGAAGCCACCAUGAUGCACAUGUGGAUGUGGUUCGGCUACGACCUGGGCGAGUUCAUGUUCCCCGGUCUGAACAUCAAGACGCGAUGGUCGUUCGCGCUCACAUGGAUCACGCUGUUCAUCGUAGCUGUGCUGUUCGAAGCGUCGAAGGUCUAUUUGGCUGAGAUACAACGGAAAGCGCACCAGAAGCUGUUCCCGUUCCGAUCUGAUGAGAGAAGAAACCUGCUAUGCGAGAGGGAGCAGGCCGGCAUCAUGGAGCCGACGACGAGCCGCAACGCCAGCGCCGGCCAGGUCAGCCGCUGGUCGUCUCUCCGUGUGCGGGUGCUUGUGAACACGCACCAGUCGCUGGUGUUCGCCAUCCACAACGUGGUGGGCUAUCUGCUGAUGCUGGCGGUGAUGGUGUACAACGUGCACCUGCUGCUCGCCGUGGUCUUCGGCAUGAUGCUGGGCUACUUCUUAUUCGGACCAAAGUUGACGCGGCUGCAGAUGCAGUGUUUCAGCACGAAGCGCAACGUCAUAUGCACGCCCGAAUGCGACGAUACUGCUGAAACAUCGACCCCGCCAUUGCUAGACUCCGCACAGAGUUCCGACUCGGAGUUAUACGUGUGUCGCACGCGCAGCUGCAUCCAACCAUCGCAUUACUUCCCCGCCGCGCCGCAAGAUGGCUCCACCGGCGAGCCUUCUAACGCCACCUGCUACUACGGCGCUAAGCAGUGCCCCUCAAGACUUGCUCGCGCCAAGAAAGCCGAAGAAUCCCGCAGACAUUACACAGAAAGCGAAAAGGAGGACAGCCCUAGCGUAGAAGACGUCCAACUACUGCGAACGGAAAGGCAGGGCUGCUGCAAGAAGAAACAGGAACCCCCGCCCGAAGAGAAAUGCUGUAAGUCUAGUCACGAAGUUGUCAUCGAAACGGACGUCCACCACGAGAAUGAAGCAAGUAGGGAGGACUCGAGGGAGGAUAGUCCUCAGAUCUCGUGCUGCCACAAUGCUAAGGCGCCGACUGAGAGCCAGGAACAAAUCAUACAGUAGCUCAAUCACCAUACGUACUGAUGUAAAUAGGAAUAUAUUUUUUUAAUAGCUAUUCAUAGUGACUGAUGGUGCAGAGUUUUAAGCUUUUUCGACGUUGUUUCAUAACCGUAAUCCAUGAAUUUAUUAUUGUUACCGUUUGUUAGUAACGUGUGGUCGUAUGUCAUUACCAUUUACAGAAUUUCCAGAUGAUAAUAAUAUCUGGUUGCUUCUAUGGGACUGUUAAGAAUUUGUUAAGUGUUAGUGAGUAGUUAUUGGUCACAAUAUUAUUUUAUUUUGUACAUAAACGCGAAUUGUUGGUCAUAAUAUUGGGACCUGAUUUUUUUAUACAGGAGCUAUACACGAACACAUUUGAAAUUAUUUAUUUUUUGUAAAGUUUUAGCUUUUGGCACUAGGUGUCGUGACGUGAUUGGGUGCAAUAAUAUUUUCUGUAGUUGGAUAAUAAUUUACAUGACAUAUCAUAUAGCUGUAUAGCAUAUUGUUAAAGAAUAGUUAUACAACGAGGGUGCUUUAGUAGUAUAAUUUAGUUAUUGCCAUAAAUAUUACCUGAUUUGUCGACAGCUUUAGGAUAUUUCAUCAAUUUACGAAUACUCUUUAUUUAUCAAAGUCUAAGAUCGACCUUUAUCAUCGACAGUAUUUUCGGUUAUUGGGUGUCAGACUUUUAGUCGGCCGUUAGUUUGAUCGGGCUGUUAAUCAGUAUAAAUAUGUAUGAAGCGCAUAUUACACCGAUUUGGUAUCGGCCGAUUCUUCAUACAAAUUCGAAGCCACAUACGUGUAGAAAUUAAAUACACAUUUUAUUUCGGUGUUGCAUGAUUGAAUGUUUAGAGCAGCGUAUAAAUUGUUGGCACGUUGCUCUGCCUGUGUAUACCAAAGACAAUAAACGGUGACUAGAAAUUAAAUUACAUUUGCAAUGAUUCUGUCGCUAACCGUGGUUUAUUACGUAAGAUACUGUGAUAGUAUGGCCUUCCCCUACAAUACAAGAACGUUAUUGUCUCUCCACAACUACGAAAAAAACGUGUUUAGUUAAAUGGGAAAACUGUUAUAUUUAUUUUUAAAUUAAUUUUAGCUAUGUAUGUUAUUUUAAUAUUAACGUAUGUAACUGGCACGAGAUAUUUUUGUGCAACAAGUGCCUCGACUCUGUCGUCCUGAUUUGCGUGCCAAAUGUUUUAAAAUGUUGUAAUAAAUUGUUUCCUUUUCUGUAUAUUACGUAAAUAGUUAUAAAGUUAUGUAGAAAUAUUGCAAUAAACAUAAAUUAUAAAAUAA